GCACCACGGACAUGGAGAUCAACCCGCUCAACGUGUCGAACCCAUCGGGGAAGAACACCACCACCAGCGGCGGUGGCAUCCCACCCAGAGAACGAGAGACGGAGGGACGAAAUGGUAACCACGUCCGGAAGAGAGACCUGGAGUCAAGAGACUCACAGAACGACCUGCAAAUAGUGGACUGCAACACAGCAUUGUGUGGCCGGCUGAAGUGUGAGGUCGGUCGUCUGGAGAUGACGAAGAACGCCAUCCUCUUUAUCUACUCCAGACUGGCUGUCAACAACUUCCUGAGGACUGAGAAUCAGAACCGGUCGUAUGUGGUCCGAUCCACCGCCUCCUUCACUGUCAUCAAGAUGCCGUACAAGAACCUGGUGUCGGAGCUGCCGUCCAAUAGCACUACCGUGAGCGUGUCUGUGCUGUGGGUGGUGGACGUUCCUCAACCGGUGCCGGGCUGGGUGGUGGCUCUGGCUGUGCUGGCAGGACUGCUGCUGCUGGCGCUGCUCAUCUUCAUCAUGUACAAGUUGGGUUUCUUUAAGCGUGUGCGCCCCCCCCAGGAGGACUGCACUGAGAAGGAGCAGCUGCAGCCAGAGGAGAACGGCAACACUGACUCAUAGAUUGAGAUGUUGGCGGUGGAGAGGCAGGUUCUGGGUUCACGUCUGUAAGGGUUUAUUUUACUCAUGUUGUGUUUGUGCCAAAAGAGAAGCGGAGCGACACAGAAGCUCAAUAUUCAAUAUUUUAAAGGUAAAAGAACAUUUUGGGGAUUAUUCUUUCUCACAGAGUUCGAUGUUGGGAUGGAUUCCACGGUCACGUCUGUACCAUUAAUGUAACGCUCCAGCGUGCAGCUGUUAGCUUAGCUUAACCCCUGGCGGUGUGCAAAGAACCUCUAAAGCUCGCCGAUCGACAUGUUGCAAUUUAAUUAGUAAAAAAACUAAAGUGUGAAACCAAUGAUGGUCGUUUUGAGGGUUUUGUGUCGUAAUAUUUUCUAGUUUUCGACAUGUUCAGCACGUAGGGAGGUUCGUUACCUUUAGUCACAGCCAGGCUAGCUGUUUCCACCUGUUUCCAGUCUUUGUGUUAAGCUAAGCUAACGACCUGCAGGCUGUAGUUCUGACCUGCUCCUCUAACUUAAUGCGAAACAUCUGCAGAGAAAAUAUGAUGGAGUUGUUGCUGCACCACAGCUGGUGGAGUUUGGCCUGAUAUUUCAUUUGCACACUUUGUUACCCAAAAUAAUGGAGCUGUUGGUGCUUGUUGCCCAAAAGCUCCAGAACUGCUGAUACGUUGAAGUGAUGUUUUCAACAACACUGUUUGUCAUCGAUCUCGUGUAUUUCUGCUGCGUGGUGAAGAACAAUAGUGUAUUUCAUUUCUUAAUCUGGAGACGUUCUGAGAUCGUUCGCUUGUCUUCCCAGGGUCCAUGUGAAAUAUUGAUAACAAUACAAACAGAUUCAAGAAGAAAUCCUCAGAAAAUAAUAACUUUGCAAUUGAACGCGUCAUUUAUUUAAAAGGUUCGAAGAAAGCAAAUGUCAACAGUCGUGUUCUUCAAUCAAGCACAUUUAAGCUAACUUAUGAGAUGUUGCUGAGAAGAAAUGUAAAGUUUGUGGUGAGUGAAGUGGCUCCGCACUGCGGCGUGUAGUUAGUGGUACAGACUGCAGUAUUAUUUAUACUCUCGCAGUAUAAAUAUAUAUCAGCUGAUCAGUCAUGUGACUCUCAGUUUCUGUUCAGCGUCACGUGUUUUCAAACAGUCGUCUCCAACACUUCAGAAACACGUUCUGUGAAACACGACUAUUGAAAAUGAGGAUUACUUUGUUGAAAAUACAAAUGAGGUGACGAACCCGAGGAUUGUGGUAAUCGUUGCGGGGAUGUGAUCAAAUGUUUUUCUGCCUUUUAUGAAAUCAGUAAGCAAUAAGUUCCUUCGUGUCAGAAGCUCUUCAGGCUCUAUUUUUGGAUAAAGGUUUAGUUUGCUAUGAUAAGAAUAAGGAGUACAUUAAUACCCUGAUAUAUUCCUCUGGCUGUGUGUGUGGGGGGGGGGCUGGGUUGAGUCGUUACUCUGCUUCGGGACGCUGGUUUUGGGUGUUUUCAGUAUUUUUUAAGUAUUUUCUACAAAACCUUGAUGAUAAUAAUGAAAGUGAGUCCGGCUCAUUUCAAUCUUUAUUUUUAUUUUUUAUGUUUUGGGGGAAAUCAGUGCGAGUGAUGAGUUCGUAAAUUUUAAAAUUGACAGUUUGCUAAACCCCGCCCCCGCAGUGAUGUCCAAUCACAGCUCGGCACGACAGUCGGUAUCGGAUUACUUAAAGUGGAAACAAAGAAUGUUUCGUUUUGUCAGAUCGUACGGUACAGAUUACUAUUCUCCAGUCGACACUUCAUAACGAGGAGCUAAAGGAAACACUUUAACGCAUUUUAAAGUGUAAAUAGAUUAAACUGCUCAAACUUAAGCUGCAUUUGUUAGCAUGACGGCUAGCUAGCUUACUUCCAAGGCUACGAGUUAGCAUGUCAGAUGCAUUACGUUCGUUAACAUCGUGAACUGAACGUGUGCCGUACGAGAAAAGAGAUUGACAGGCGUAGCUAUGGUAACGGGGGGGCGGGGGGGGGGAGCUUAACUGUCAGUUAGCUGUCGUAACUUUCCUGCACUGACGCUUCUUCUGGUUCUGCGUGUGUGUGUGCUAUGAAUUUACCCAUAUUGGGUUUGCAUCACUGAGUUAAUGUUUAAGGUUGAUGAUAAUUUUAAGAAAUAUAUUAAUCAAAUUAACAAUCACAAUGAAAUAACUGCACAUUAAACUUUGUCUUCACAUCUUA